AUGGCAUUCAAGAACGGACUUAGUGAACGCCUCGAUGAGCUGCGAUUCCCUUCCCCAAGGUCGCCUCCCUCGGAGUCCGCUUUCCCCGGCUAUAACUCGCUCUCCCCGGGCCACUCCAAUUUCGUCUCGGCUUUCUCGCGACCCUCGGGCGAUGUCCGUGGGAAUCUUCAGCGCCGAUUUACAACCGAUUCCAGCAAGCUUGCUUCCUGGAGUCAUUUGAACCAUCUCGGGAGCAGCUCUCAGCUCCCGGCUCCAGAUCAUCUGGAUCUGCUUUCAUCGUUUGAAAAGAAGCGCCAGCACAUUGAGUACAUGCGUGAACAAAGGAGGAGAUUUGAAGAGGACAUGAAGCUUUUAGACAUGCAACAUGAGAAAGAAAAGCAAGAUUUGGAGCGCAUUGCUGAAAACCUAGCCAAAGUUGGCAUGUCUGGCCCUGUCAGCGAACCUACAACACCCCCAGAGUACCGUGAGAACAACUAUCCUGCUUUCACCCGCCCUACUCGGUUCUCAACUUCAAGUGUUACUUCCUCUCCCGGUUUCUUCAAUGUCUUUGCACCUGCUCAGGUCACUACUCCGCCGAGCCAGGUGAAUCACAACUCUGCUCAAACACCAACCAAUCGUUUCUCCGUUCACUCUGUUCCUGGUUCUCGAAGGAACUCAGAGAAGGAGGACUUCACUCAAGAACCUACUUCACCUUUCCGUCCAGGCCCAUCUAUUCAUCGCUACUCGAUGCCUUCUACAGGCUUAGGAUCGCAGAUCCGUCCAACCCUAUCGGGCUUCAACAGUUCGUCCGGUUUGGAGUCAUUCAAUGCUUCCAAAUAUCUGUUUCAUAACGAAGACGACCGGGCGACUUUGAAGGACGAGGACAGGAUUCCGACACCUGACUUCAAGAGUAUCCUUAAAUUGACUGACACUGACGACAAGUUCCCGACCCUGUCUCGCAGAGACGACUCAGGCCUGCUGUCUGCGAAUUCGGACGCCCUGGACCUCGCCAAUUCACGUACUCCCAACCCCGAGACUUGGAACACUCACAGUCGGCACCGCACUACUCACCAGAGCAUGCCACAAAACGCUCUGAACAUGUUCCGUCAGCUUGGUAACCAAAAUGAUGAGAAUCAUGCUCAUUCUUCGAACUCUGCUCGUCAUGCUGCCAGACAUUCGCUGGAGGCGAACCUGCUCUACAGCGCCGAGGACAAUUCUGAAAACCUGACAGCUACUGCUUCCAGCAGACCUGCAUCCUUGCAGUCUUCAUACUCGACCAACGAUCUGCCCACAGUCAAAGGCGAGCCUUUCAAUGCCGCCGUCACUCCUCCUAAGACGCAUGCCGAACAGAUUCAACACAAUGCCAACCUUGGUCGGAUUCCUGCUGUUAACCAUGUGAACUCCCGCCAGCAAAGGGAAUCGCCUGAACGCGAUGAAGCGAGAUUGCAGGGGACCCGGGCCCAGCAGACUACUCUGCAAGCUAGUGCCACACCUUUCGGUCCACCAAUCACCACCGGACCUGCCAAUAGCAGCAGUACUGUCGCACCAACUACUUUGACCCCAUUCCAGGCGCCGUUCUAUGGGUAUGGUAUUCAAGCCUACAUGGGCGCUCCAGUGCAGGUUAGCGGUCAGAUCCAGAACUACAAUGCCGCAGCUCCCUUUGCUGGGUAUGCUCCCUAUGGCACUUAUCGCAUGCCUGAAGGUUCGGCCAAAAGCGUUACCUCCCGACGCAGCGGCGAUAACGAUAGCGCUCAGCUCUCUCGCUUCACCAACUUCCCGCUUGAGCAUUAUAAAGGCGAGUUGUAUGGCCUUUGCAAGGACCAACACGGUUGCAGAUACCUGCAGAGAAAAUUGGAAGAGCGUAAUCCGGAGCAUGUACAAAUGAUCUUUGAGGAAACACGCCUCCAUGUGGUUGAACUCAUGACAGAUCCGUUUGGCAAUUACCUGUGCCAGAAAUUGCUUGAAUAUUCCAAUGAUGAACAGCGUACUGACUUGAUCAACAACGCUGCUCAUCAGCUCGUUAAGAUUGCUCUUAAUCAGCACGGUACCAGGGCGCUCCAAAAGAUGAUCGAGUUUAUCUCUACCGCUGAACAAACCCAAACGGUCAUCCAUUCGCUAGAGGACCAUGUUGUCGAACUGGUUCAGGAUCUCAACGGGAACCAUGUGAUCCAAAAGUGUCUCAACCGUCUCUCUGCUGAGGACGCUCAAUUCAUCUACGAUGCCGUUGGUGCCAACUGCGUGGUUGUCGGCACUCAUCGCCAUGGAUGUUGCGUUCUGCAACGAUGCAUUGACCAUGCGUCUGGUGAUCAAAAAGCGCGCCUCAUUGCUCAAAUCACUGCAAAUGCAUUUGCCCUUGUACAAGAUCCUUUCGGAAACUACGUUGUGCAAUAUAUUUUGGACCUUGCUGAGCCUCAUUUCACCGAGCCCUUGUGCCAGAAUUUCCGAGGCAACAUACCCGCUCUGUCCAAGCAGAAGUUCAGCUCGAAUGUCAUCGAGAAGUGCCUUCGUACUGCGGACUUCCAGAUUCGGCGUCAGAUGAUCGAUGAAAUGCUGGCAGGAGCCGAACUUGAGAAGAUGCUCCGUGACUCAUUUGCGAACUAUGUGGUGCAAACCGCCAUGGACUUUGCCGAUGCUGAGACUAGAGCGCGGAUUGUUGAUUGCAUCCGUCCCAUAUUGCCUUCUAUCCGUCAAACCCCCCAUGGCCGUCGUAUUGCUGGUAAGAUCAUGGCAUCCGAAAGCUCAGGAAGGGGAAGUGCCGCAACCAGCGGGCAAGUGACGCCUAACGAAAUGAACUCCGCCCAGCUUCCGGGUCCCCUUCAAGGACCACAGAAGUCAUUCAUGUAUCAACACAACCCUUUCCCAGUCGGUUCCCAGUUUGGAAAUCAGAACUUUGGUCCCACCGCUGGCUCCACGACAGGUUCCAACGCUCCGUCUGGCGGACCUAGCGAGGCUAUUUUUGCUUCAGCUGUCCCGCAAGCCAACGGCAAUCUUGGUGCUCAAAGUCAGUUGUAUGCCCCAUCUACAUUAGUCGUGCAUGGAAUAUCCGCCACUUGCAAAACGACCAUCGUCCGCAACGUCCUCGCUGCCCUCGAAGUACCACAUGCUAUUGUCCGGAGUCCCGAAUGCAUCACUGGCCGUCACCUCCUAACGAAGAUCCUUUGGGCAACCCUUGAAGCGCUAGGGAAACGCGACGAAUGGGAGAAAUACGGCAAGGGAAGAUGCGAGCAUGUUAGCUCUCUGGCUGUGCUGCUGGGCGAAUGUCUUGCUUCGUUGUCGGACAGCAACAGCAACAGCAGCAACGACAAGGGCAAGUUCGUGCUGGUUUUGGAUGGGAUAGAUAAGCAGCGUGAAGCUCCGCAUACGCUGUUGUCUGCGCUGGCGAGGUUGGGAGAAGUGAUUCCGUCCCUGUGUGUCGUCCUUAUCCUCAGCUCUAGUCCGCGGCCGCUGUUUCUUCAGGCUGCGGGUGUUCCGCAUAUUAGCUUUCCGCCGUAUACGCGCAAAGAGGCGAUUACCAUUAUCUUGAAUGCUGGGCCGCCGGUCGUGAGUGGCCUGGACGAUGGGGCUGGUUCGAGAUUAUAUCCGCAUUUUGUGUCCGCUAUCUAUGAUUCCCUGGUUGGGCCUACGGCGAGUUCGAUUCCUACGUUCAAAUCGAUAUGUGAGAAGAUUUGGCCUCAGUUCGUUGCUCCUAUUACCAACGGCGAUAUCCCGCCCGGAGGAAGCAACGAAUGGGACUUCUCGCGACUUCUGGUCAAAAACCGUGCUUUAUUCCGCCAUCAAGGCGAAGGCGCUCUUGUACAUCACAUUGUCACCGAAGAAUCCGCUCCCGCAAAUGGCUCAUUGUCGAAGCCGUCAAUGUCGGUCGUCUCCGCCCCUUCACCCCUUCCUUCCCUACCUUACUUCCCGACCUUGAUCUUGACCUCCGCAUACCUUGCCUCGCAUACACCCCAACGACUUGACACCAUCUUCUUCUCGAAAUUCUCUUCCUCUUCCUUGUCUGCGCGGAAUAAACGCGCGCAUCACAGACGACGGUUGAAGGUGCUUUCCCGGGCGCAGGCAGAGGAUAGGCAGGAGGCGAGCCGAGGCCCGUCAACCCCUAGCAAGAAAGGCAAAAGAGAAAAGACUCGAAUCACAAAAUCGACUCUGGAGUCUGCCUUUGCUACUUCCUCUGCCACUACUUCAGCUGUGGGCGGCAACGCCGGUAUCACCGGUCCGUCCACGAUCCUAACAGCCCGUCCUUUCCCGCUGGAGCGAUUGAUCGCUAUCUACCACGCCAUUGACCCCAAUCCCCCUGCAAACCCCAUCCGAUUAGCGGCCGUUUCCGAUGCGAUAUAUGCGGAGCUUGCUACAUUACGUCGGUUACGGCUCGUGGUGCCAGCGGCAGGUCGCGAUAGCGGCGGUCGCAUGGGGCUCGGGUCAGGAGGGUUAAGUAGCGGUAACACGACCUCGGAUGCUGGCGAGAAAUGGUGCGUCAAUGUCUCGGGCGAUUGGAUCGGAGAGUUGGCCAAGACAGUAGGCGUCGAGGUUGGCGAAUGGUUGGCCGGAGGGUUGGAUUAA